AUGGCCGGGGGUCGCCGCUCUCCGCUCGGUCCGUGCUGCCCCGGGCAGGGGGCGAUGCCCGAUCCUUGCUGCUCGGGGCCGGUGGCCGUGCCCAGCGUACACCAGAGCCUGGCCGAGAUGGACUUCGAGCGGGGGAUCUGGGCGGCCGCGCGGGACGGGGACGAGCCGCGGGUACUGCGGCUGCUGGAGCGGCGCGGGGACCCCGGAGAGCCCGACCGGGCGGGGUACACGGCACUGCACUACGCCAGCCGUAACGGGCACCUGGGGGUGUGCCGGGUGCUGCUGGAGCGGGGGGCUCCCUGCGACGCCCGGACCCCCGGUGGGGCCACCCCCCUGCACCGCGCCUGCUACUGCGGCCACCUCGCCGUGAGCCGCCUCCUGCUCCAGCACGGGGCCGACCCCGCGGCCACCGACGGCGACGGGCGGACCCCUCUACACAAGGCAGCCGAGCAGGGGCACCGUGAGCUCUGUGCACUCCUCCUGCGGCUCUGCCCGGCUCUGGCCACACUCCAGGAUUCCAGGGGCCGCCUCCCGCGGGAUGGGGCCCACCCAGAUGUGCGGGACCUGCUGGACACCUGAGGGGACACGGGACACCCAGAGCCACCCCAGUGGGACCUCCAGAGGCGUCUCCGAUGGACAAACACAGCCUGUGGCACCGACUCUGUCCCCUUGUCACCUGUACCAGGGGCCAGGGUGAGGAGGGUUCACACCAGGAGGGAGGUGCAGACCCCCCUCCCACCUUCCAGGGACUUUGUUUCCUAAAAAACCCACUAAAAACGUGGAAAACA